CACAUAGACAACCACACGCCAUAUAUCAAGGGGAUGGCUCUUCACUAAAGCAUCAAGCAUAAAUUCAUUCCGUGCAAAUCUCCGUUCGAACUCCUCAGAAUCCCCCUCACUUGCAACAUGGCAAGCUCGGCCGCAAGCGGGUUGAAGUACCUAUCCAAUGCGCUAGCAACACCAGAACAGCUAUCGAACUCAUCAUCGUCUAUCGAUGGCGUGUCCCCCGAUCUAGAGGCGUCCAUUCGCUUCGCCGGCGCUCAGCUCACGCAAACAGCCGGGAUCCUACUACGAUUGUCGCAGGAUAUCAUCGCGCAGGCGAUUGUGACGUUUACCCGGUUCUGGAUAGGCUCGGAAGGGGGCAGUUUGCGAAUCUACUCCGUGAAGGAUGUCUCCGCCGCCGCACUGUACAUGACCGCCAAGUUAUCCUUCCAACCUACCUCUCCCCGCUCGGUGUUGAACGUCUACACUUUUCUCCUGUCGAAGGAGGCGUCGCCAUUAUGGUUUGUGAAUCCUCAAGGGUCGCCAGACAAGCCUAUGCCGGAGGCCUACCAUCUUACAGAAGGGGGUUACCAAGCGCAGCGACAGGUUCUGCUGCGCAUCGAGUCAAUCAUCUUGCGCACACUAGGAUUCAAUACCCAUGUGGCUCUUCCUCACACCAUCGCCUUGACCUACCUCCAGACCCUUGGUGUUCCGUCUUCCGCUGUCGCACGCAGAGUGUUUGAACACCUCAACUCAGCGCUGUUAUCGCCACAGUUAUUGUACCUCACGCAUCAACCAAACGCACUUGCCGUUGCCUCGAUCUACCUCGCCUCACGAGAAGAGGGGGUCAAGCUCGUCGAUGUGGAAUGGUGGGAAGUUUUUGACGUCGACCGAGAGGAUCUCGGGUUCUUGGUGGUGGGUAUGAGAAGUAUGGAGGGAUUCGCGCAGGCGGAAGUGGAAAAGUGGAAGGGUCGCGGGGUACCCAUGACGGUGGAUGAGCUGGAGGGUGAGAUAGAACGGAGGCGGAUGAUGGAAGAGGGCGAGUGAGAGUUGCGACAGCAUCCAUUUCGUCUCUAUACUUCGGCACAACCCGCCUAAAGAGGGUUCCGGCUAUAGCUGAUACGCAAGGACAAGCCCACGAUAAGCGAGGUCAUCCUGGAUCGAUAUCAGAGAUAGCUUCCAGCCUGACCGAAGCCUCAUCGGCGCAGAAUCCCGCCGUCCGCGUGCUAGGGACUAUUGCUGAAGGAAGGAUAGCAUCCUCCAAGGUCCCUGCACCGCUCCGUAGAAUGCGGAUAGACCGCCGGGAUCUGAACCCGGCCCCUAAGCAAGACUGCGAUAAGUGAUAGCCUAUCAAAAGUGAAGUGUCCAUAGAACCAGCCAAUACAUCAAUGAUAAAGUCAUCGCGUUAGCUCAGCAUGAUCGCAGGGAAGCCAGGUGCGGAGGGUGGUGACCGAGCCUCA